AUGGACACGGAGGUGGACACCACGGCCAGGGCGCUGCUGCACAAGGCGGCCGAGAGCAACGCCUUCAUCCGGGAGGAAGUGGACGCAGCGCUGGGCCACAUGGUGCGGCACUGCACGCCGGCACGCUGCAUCAACGCCUUCCUGGACGGGGGUUUGAGCCACCUGAGCGCGGCGGUGAGGAAGUGCGCCGCCCAGCACCUGGCCGACCUUCUGGAGAGGGUGGGCGUGGCCCGCCUGCUGUCCGGAGGGAAGGACGUGACGGACAGAAUCCUCCCGGCCAUGGUCAAGCUGGCCCUGGACUCCUCCCCGGAACCCAGGCACGUAGAGCCCCCGGUGGCUUCCUGUGUUGGCUGAAGGCUUUGGCGUGUGUCCAACGGCUCGGUGACGUGCCGGUCUCACUCCUCCCCCUUCAGGUCCUUUGGCCGCCGGAUGUUGGUGUUCCUGUCCUCCCACCGGGACUUUGAUAGCCUGCUGGAGAAGAACAUCCCAACCAAGGACCUUUCCGCCGCCCGCAAGGCGGUCAGUGGACUCAAGGCAAAGGGUCAGGGUCAGGGUCAGGGUCUGGGUGAGACGCCCCAGACCCCAGCCUCGCUUCCCGGCAGUGGCACCGCCAGGGCCUCGACACUCCAAAGGAAGCUCCCCAAACCGACCAUAGCCCCCAGCCCCACCACCACCACUGCCACUCCCACCAACACCGCC